AUGAUGUACCACUUAGGAAUUUUCUUUUUUCUUGUGGUGCAUGGCACACACUUGGUAGUCGGUAACCAUGUGUCGUCAUUCACGCCGAGGGCCUCAACCGACAAAGCAUUGUACCUGAUUUAUUUCCACGACGAUGUCGACUCUUCCAAGAGAACCGACUAUGCCCGCGACCUAGAGAAAGCUCUCCCGGAGAAUCACACGCAAGCAAUAACACUUCAUAACAAGAUUUUGACUAUCGCCGCGGUUCUCACCGAGUCCCAAGUCAGCAAAUGGAAAACAGACUCGAUUGAAGCUAUCGAGUCAGAUGAUAGCGAAGUCGACAUCGACGGCAACUUCGAUGACUCGACGAUCCACGCACGAGAUCGAUACCACGAUACCUUUACCCCGAACAGCAACGCUUUUCGCGAUUUCCCGGAGAUGCUGUUUCUCUCGCAGCCGCCGAGAACCGAGCUUGAAGAGUGCCCGGAUUACGCCUAUGACGAUACGGCUGGUAGGGGCGUGGAUGUAUACGUGCAGGAUACUGGAAUCAACCGAAAGCACAUCGAAUUCAAAAACCCAACGGAACGCGAUAAUUUCCCUCGCAAGGGCAGUAUCGAGACGCUGUAUCCUAAGUCGAGUAGGUUUGGGAAUCUCUUCUUUCGUUCGUCGCCUGAUAAGGAUGACGAUGGACAUGGCACUUGCGUGUCAGACAAAAUCAUCGGUACUAAGUAUGGCAGUGCUAAAAGUGCUAAUCUUUUCCUGGUACCUACGGAGACAAACUUCAAGGCACUCGCAGCCCUCCUGGGAAGCUUGACAAAAGCAAGGAUGGUCUUUUAUUUUGCUGGCCUAGCAGCAAUCAUCGAACAUAUUGAGAAAAGACGGCGGGAAAACAAGGAUGCCUUCCCGCCCGUGGUUAAUUGGAGCUACGGGCUUCUAGUGGAUGAAAAGAAGCACAAAAAGACCUUGGAUCAAUGGCGCGAUUUUGUUCGGAGGCUCGAUAAGCUGGGCGCUACUAUGAUCGCGGCAUCUGGGAACGCCGCGCAUAUAGCAGGACGCGAGGAAGUCGACGAAUAUCCCGCUCUUUUUGCCAAGGAAUUUAAGAGCGUCAUUCCUGUGGGAUCCGUCGAUAUUCAUGGAGUAAAAUCUACGUUUUCACAAGGGGGACCCCUGGUGAAGGUACAUGCUCCCGGGCGAGUCGAUGAACACCGCGGUAUGCCCUGUGCAGGCAAAAAGGGAGAGCGCGAUUGGAACGUCGACCCAAAGAACGAGGGCACUUCCUAUUCCACCGGAACCAUUUCUGGGAUCGCAGCCGUCAAGAUUGGCUCAGAUCCAGGGGUUCGUACAGGUAAUACAGGGGAAAAGGUGGCGGCGUGGUUGUAUAGAUGGGCCUACAUCCGUGAGGGUGGCGACGUGCCAUCAGUAUGGAAUACGGAAAUCCCUGACAUAUGCUAA